UAUAUACAUAUAUAAUUUAUUUGUUCAGGUUUGAAUUUCAUCUUACCGUUCUUAACUCUAUUGGCAGACACACCUGGCUGACGCGAUCGGUAAGGAUCAUAAAGCGACGACUCAUAGCUUGGUAUCCGUCGUGUGCUAGAGACCCGCUGGUGUUGAUGAUUUUUAGGAAAAGGAAGUAGACUACCUCCUGAGGCUGCCAAUGUUGGCGUUAUGGGCAUGGUGGGUGUGGUGGGUGUGUAGGGUCUAUAGGAUGGAUAAUGAGCAUUGUAUGAGAGAAGCUGGGUCAUACCAACUCCAACUCCUGUUGUUGCUGCUACUCCUGUUCCCCCAUUUUGAGAUUCAGGGUUUUGGUGUUCCUGUCCCUGAAGUGUUACAUGUUGAUGUUGAUAAGGAAAUGGGUAUGAAUACUGUUGUUGUUUUUGAGAGGGUGCACUGUUUAGACUUGAAGAAGAAUUGCUGUUGGAGAUGGUUCGGGAGAGAGAAGGACGAUGGAUGGCAGAGUCUUUGAGGACAAGAUCUGGAGGUGUAGGUCUACUACUGUUAUUCUGCCGUGUCCGUGCAGAUCGUGGACCGAUUGCAACUGACAUUGCUUUGUAAAUUUAUUUUGAAGGAAAAAAGAAAAAAAAAGCCUUGGUAUUUGAUAUUUGAAAGAAUAGAAG